AUGAUUGGAAGACGAGCUUUCCGCGCAGUCUGCGGCCGCUCGCGGCCAGAAUUGGAGCAAGCAACAGACAAUGUCUCCAGCUACUUCCGCCACUUCUCGACAUCGAACAAUUGGCUCGCCGACGAGGCCAGCAAUAAAGGAAGCAGCGCACCCCCGAAUCUCCGACAACGCUCCCUCAAUACUGCGAACGAAGUCAAGGCUUUCGCAAGAAACCGCGCCAGCCCUGCCCAGGCCAACACAGCUGCGAGCCCCGAAGGAACCAGCAACCAGCCCAGAGUCAUUGAUGUCAAGAGUCUACCAAGAGGUGGUCUAAGAGGCCGUGGCAGGGGCCUUGGGCGUGGAUCGAUGCGUGGCGGCGCAGCUGUCCCCCCUCACCUACGAAGCCCGUCACCCACUGGGACGAACCGGUUCGCUCGUGGUGGCUUUGCGGGUCGUGGUGGUCGAGGUCGAGGUGGCCGGGGAGGCGGCGGGCGAGGGAAACGGCGAGACGGUGAUCAGGAUGGCGAGAAUGCUGAGCGGCAGGAACGUGAGCGUGUAAGGAGAGAUGAAGACAAGGAAAAUAUCAAACCGGACCCGGCCGAAGAAGCGCUUGAACAGGUUGUUCGUUUUGGAACGACCGAGGUGUUCAACCCAGCGCCAGUGACUGCGGAGGCUCUGACUGACUUCAUGCCCACUGUCCCCUCGGCAUCAGGUAGCAAGUCGGCCACCGUGCUGGAAAACCUUCAAUAUCUCGGCACCGGAGACCGCGUCGGCACUGCCCUGGGCCUGCAGGCCAGCGGCUACGGGGAGAGGCUUCAACAGGGUGGCCUGCUCUUCUUUGCCGAACCGGAAACCAAGGCCGGUUUGGAGCAGGCCAUGCAAGAGAAACGCUACGACGAUGCGGUCACGCAAGCGUAUCUCAAUACUGCAGAGGAUGAGGAGCCCGCCCCCGUCGAGAGAAACAAUGAGGUGAUCAUGAUGGACGGGGUUGAAGAGUCCAUCAAGCAGGUUAUUCUAAACAAAGCAGUCGCUGGCCAGCAUGAGGCAAUCAAGCAAGCCUCGGAUCCGGUGGGCGUGGCACGCAACUGGCAUCUGAGGUCUGAGACUUGGUCAGAGAAGGAGACGAAUCUGUUCGAGGCAAAGCUCACGUCCUUGCUGAACAAGGCCAAGCCGCAACCCCGGGCCAAGGCUUGA